AUUAAUGUUUAAUUGUUAUUAGUCAAUAUAAAACUUUUGAUAACUAAUUAACUAUACAAAUCAAAAUGAAUUUCUCAUUCUUCUUGAUUUCCGUUUUCUGUGUUUCCGCCAUUGUAGCCGCUCCAUUUGGCAACCCUGAUGAUGUAAAAAAGUUCGUUAAAGAAUUUGUUAACAAUUUUGAAACCACAACUCAAGGCUGGCAAAUUGAUAGUUCACUCGAAAACAAUGUAAUCCAACAGAUUGAACAACGAUUCCACGAUGGAUAUACUCCUGACUGGAAUUCUGAGCUAAGUGAUAAAGAAAAUCUUGUUAAUUUAAUUAUCAAGUAUGGUAGAGAUCAAGACGCUUCAUAUCCAGGAAUGACCUUAGAUUCAAGUCUCUCUGAAUUUAUUAGAGUCAUACCCAGAAACCUCACUCCUAACAAGUUAACUGAGCAUCAAGUACAGGUAGUUGCUCACAUUAUUUUUGAUACAAUCCUUAAACUCGACGUUCGAGGUUUGAAUGUUUUUAAAUCUCUUCGAAUUAACAUCGAAACAAUAGUCACUAAUUCUAUCGACAAAGAAUCACAGAAGUCAAAUUUUGCCGUUUUGAAAACUACACCAAAAGAGAUAAUUAUUGAUGCCGCUAUAAUUGCUCUUAAUCUAAUACAAUUCGAAGGAUACUCAUCGGAAUCAACUCUACAUGAUAAUGUCAAUACUUUUCUUGAUAAAUUUUAUUAAACUGAACGGAUAAAUCGAUACCUAAAUAAUGAAUAAACUUUAAUUUAAUUUGCAUAA